AUGCUGCUCAUCCUACCAUUUCUCCUCCCCAUAACCACAGCAACUCCGUUAAACACAGCCUUCCCAUACAUCAACCUGGGAUACGCUACACACGCACCUACAUUCAUCAACACGACUUCAUCCGGUCUCCAAAUAGCCAACUACAACAACAUUCGUUUCGCCCAAGCUCCAACUGGAGAUCUACGCUUUCGCAAACCCCAAACCCCUCCCCCCUACCACGAGGGCGUCAUUCAUGGAGAUGAGUAUCAAUCCACUGAGUGCGUGAACAGUGUCCCAUCAGUGGCACCAUUUCCAGGCUUCAAUGGUACCUUCUGGGGCCAGGAGGACUGUCUUUUCUUGAAUGUACAGGUACCCGAGGGCGUCAAUGAGGGCGAUAAUGUCCCUGUGAUCCAUUGGUUGUAUGGCGGUGCCUAUGCUUUUGGGAGUAAGGAUAAUAUUCAACUUAGCUGGAUGAACUCUACCGGACUGUUCAAUGCUUUGAAAAGUCAAGAUGAGAAAUUCAUUUUUGUUGCUAGUAACUAUAGACUUGGACUCUAUGGAUGGAUGUCAUCCCCAUACGAAGACAUGGACAGCAAUAUCGGCCUUCAUGACGGCGAAGCAGCUCUUCGGUGGACGAAAAAGUACAUUGCCAAAUUCGGUGGUGAUCCGGAUAGGAUUACAGCCAUGGGACAGAGUUCAGGUGCCGGAAUCUUGAAUUAUCUUCUCGUUGCGAACAGAAACGAGUUACCGUUCUCUCAAGCUCUCAUCUCCUCCCCAGCGGUGAUGCCGCGCCGGAAUGUCACCGCACGAAGGCAACAAAUAUAUGAAGAGGUAUUGAGUGCCACCAACUGCUCCUCCCUGCAAUGUUUGCGCUUCGCUCCACCAGAGGUGCUUUCAACCGCCAACAAUUAUCUCAUAAGUGAAGUCCCCACCGGAACUGGCGGCGGUUCCUUUGGUCCAGGUAUUGGCUUCGCCCCGUCACCGGACGGGGUAUAUAUCCCGGACGGACCGAUGAUACUCCUCCAGAACAGCAGUACGACGCGCCGCAAGCCACUACGCCAACUACUAGUUGGCAAUAUGGCACACGACGGAAUGACACUCGUUGCUGAUGAUAAUAUGCCUGCUGCAUUUGGAGACCUAGUCCGCACUGCCUUCCCCACAGCUGACAAUCAGACUGUCCAACAGAUACAAGCCUUGUUUCCCUUCCCCCCGUCAAGGCCUCAGCAACUUGCUUGGGAUUGGGCUACAUCUCUCUUGUAUGCUUGCCAUUCCCAAAGCAUUGCCGCCGCAUACGCAGAAAAGGCUCGUCGCUAUGUCAUGGCUAUUCCUCCGGCCACUCAUGAUACCUUCUUUGUCGAUAACACGACGACCCCAGUGGCUAGCGUCCCGGCUGCUCAGCAAAUCCAGGCAUCUCUGCUGCGGUUCAUCGCGGGGCGCAAUGCGAGUGCGCCGUCCGAUUUCCCUGUGUAUGGCCCCAACUCCGAAGUCACAUGGAUCACGGAGACAGGACUGGAUGUGCGACGUGAUCCAUGGGUUACUAGCGGUGUUUGUGAGAAAUUGCUUGCCAUUAUGGAUAACCCGGCGAAUGAUGUGCCGAAAACCUGGCACCGGUUUGCGCUGGAGCAAUCUGCGCGGACAGGCGCCUUGCCGAAUAAGUGUCGUAUAUCACAGGAGCCAAAGCUGAAGGAAGUGAUCUUGAUUUGCUGUCAGCUGUUUAUCACAUGCGAGCUACUCUGUGGGGGCUAUGAUAAUGCAUGUGCGCACAUCCUCGGUGGAUUACAGAAUCUAAAUGAACUGAAGGUCAAGAGGCGUGUCUCGGGCGUGUGCGUCUCGUCGAUCGGGCAAUGUGUGCUCGAGGCUUUCUUGCAUCUGCGGAUGCAAUCCGUGUUUUUCGGGAUCGGGGCACCCUUGCAAAUUGAUAGCGAGUUCAUCUACGAGCAGCCUUUAGAGGAGUAUCUGCUUUUAUUUCGCAGCUUGCAAAUACCCGGCGAGCGUGUAGUCCCCCAUCAAUACCGCCUUUGCCUUUGUGGCGGAGUGCUGGAAUAA